AAUACUCUCGAAUCCCGCUUGAGCGACACAAAGUGGUUACCACUGCAUCUUACGAAAGAACUCGUGAUAGUAGUAGAGAGACUCAAAACGCGCGUGUGCCCAUUUUUGAACAAUUAAUUUAUUUGCAAAACUAAAGCCAGUGUGUCCCGCUUUUUCCUCAACUAACUCCGGAUUCGACUUCAGGCCACUCACAAAUGAAUUACCGAUCAUCCAAAAGCAUUAGCACUCAAGCAGUGUGGGUGUGUAUGGUCCUCGCAGUGGUUUUCCAAGAGAUCACAAGUAGUCCAGCCGGCAGGUCUCCGGCUUUCCUUCCUCACCACUUCACAAAGCGGUCAUUUUUUGAUAUUCAGUGCAAAGGCGUGUAUGACAAGAGUAUAUUUGCGAAACUGGACAGCAUAUGCGAAGACUGCUACAUGCUGUUCCGGGAGCCACAACUCCAUAACUUAUGCAGGAAAAACUGUUUUACGACAGAUUACUUCAAAGGAUGUAUCGAUACUUUACAGCGUUCCGAUGAGGAGGCGCAGAUCCAGCUUUGGAUAAAGCAAAUACGUGGAGCUGAGUUGGGGGGUUUAGGUCCGAGUGCUUCUCCACCAAAUACUUCGUAGGAUGCGUCGAAUCACUUCUACUGAGUGAAGAAAUGCCAAAAUUUCGGAAAAUGAUUGAAUAUUUAUCGAAGUAAAUGUCCAUUCUAGUCUCACACCAGAUAUUAUGUUAAGUUAGGUUUACGAUUGACAGAUUUGUUUUGUACCAAGUCCUACUUUAUUUGGUCAAGUAAUCGAAAAGUACUUUGUUUUGCGUAACACCUGAGCCCCAUUUGUUUCACACGACCAAAGAAAGUAGAAUUAUGCUGAUUUUUUCAACGAAAAUUUCACGUAGAAACAUCACAAUAUUAUUGCUAGUAUUAUAGUGUUGCAAUUUUAUUAUUUAAUUGUCAGUGUACACCGCCACCACUUAUUUAUUUCACGUUGUCUGAAUAAUGAAUUAUUUAAGGCUGGAAAAUAAUUCAACAUUUCUUUCAUGGUUAUUUAAUUCAUCCUUAUCAUUCAGUUUAUAUUUAUAUAAAAUAAAAUUAUUUAUUAAAGCCUAGUUAAACUAUUUUGUAUUUACGUUAGUAUUUUAUUUUGUACGGAAAUGUACAUGUAUACGUUCAGUGAUUUUUGUUUGGGAAUCCUCGUUACGAAGAAUCCUUUGUUGACAUUCCAUAAUCAGUAUUGCCGAAGUUGUCAUUACCCUUUUUUAUUAUUUUUUACACAGGUGCCUAUACCGUACUAAAGUAUGUGCGUAUGAUGAUAUGUACCAUACCAAAUGUAUUUUUUUUAAUAUUGAUCAUUAGAAAUGGCAGCUUCAAAAAUUAAAUGAUGUAGUACUCUAAUAAAACAGUAUAUUAUUUUGUUA